AUCCGGAGAUUUCCAAGGAAAUCUUUUCCUCGAAUACGAGACUGGUGAAAAAGUGCGAAUGGAUCUCCGGAGUUCCGCGGAAAACUGUCCCAUUCGAAUCGACAGAGGUAGUGUCAGAAUGGAAGAAACUUUCUUAGGUCUGUCAAGAAGCAAGAUCCUCACGAUUCACAAUAGGAGCAAUUACAUCGUCAAGUAUAAGUGGAUGCAGCUUGAGAGUAUCGAAGCGGAUAACGAGCGUAAAGAACAUUACAAAAAACUAUUCCAUUUGGUUUAUGAGAGCGAGCUUGAUCGUUGCGUGGAUCUCGCUCAUUAUAACGUGUGCACUCCUGAUAUUCACCAAUUGGUUUAUCAACGUAUCUACACGGACGAACUUGAGUCACUGACAAAAGAAACUUUCCAGUAUAAUCAUAUUUGUUUUAAGUUUGCACAACAGGAAGCUGAAAUUUGGCCGCAAUCGUCUACCGAGGUUACAGUUUUCUUUUAUGCGUUAGAAGUCGGUGAGGUGAACUGCACUGCCUACUUGGAAGUGACUGGCCGCGAAGAUAGAAUACCACUAAGUCUUUAUGGAACAGGUAAAGGACCGGUUAUCCAGCUGAACGUGCUCACGAUCAAUUUGGAGAACAUAUACAUGUGUUCCGUGCACAAUUACGAGAUAAUAGCGGUGAACAAAGGGCACAUUUGCGGGACGCUGAUCUACAGGGCGAAACCAACCGACUUCGGCGGAACGAUCGACGUGACACCGCCUAGCCUUAAACUACAACCAGACGAGCAUAAAUCCUUCAAUUUGUCGUUUUCGUCGAAUCGCAAGGGCGAUUUUGUCGAGAGGGUCGAUUUCGUGGUGAAAGAGAGCCUCGAAGUGCUCAGCUUGCAUAUCAAGGGAUGCAUCAUAUGCCCGACUUUGCACUUUGAUAAGGACAGCCUCGAUUUCGGGACGACGGCCAUCGGAUUUAGUACUAGGCAAGACGUAUAUUUGCACAACCUAGCUCUCAUACCUGUAUCUUUCAUCAUAACCGUGUUAAAUGAUGGAGAUCAGGCUCCAUUGCAUCAUGAAGAUUUCGCGAAAGCUUCAAAAAAGCCAAGUUUCCCGAGCAAACCGCAAGAAUUUCAGGUUGUCCCGAUGGAAGGGGUGGUAGAAGCUCAUGAUUCGCUGAAAAUCAAGAUCAUUUACACUGCCAAUAUCGCACGUGUCGGUCAGACGGUUGUUCAAGUGGACAUGUGGGACUCUGAUUCGGAUCCUGUCACCUUGCCAGUAACAUUCUGCGGUGCAGUGCCAUCGCUAUCGAUCGUUCCACGAGAAAUUACUCUUCGAUUUUGUUUCGUCAAUUUUCCUUAUUUACGAUCCUUCGCUGUGGAGAAUAAUUCCGAUUUGGAUGGCUACUUUUAUUUGAUGCCUCAACAAGUAUCAGACGAUUCACCGGUGAUUUGUUCUCUUUGCAACAAUCAGGGAUACGUCAAGGCUCGUCAAUCGAAGACUAUCGAAGCCACUAUUAUUACGAAGGCUCUGGGACGUCACAAAAUCACGUUAAAUAUGUUAGUCAUGGGAGAUCCAUCGCCAUCUUGUAUAACGAUAACAUGCAAUGGACAAGGGCCCGUGGUUUCUGCAGGGCCAAGUUUCUUGGACUUUGGCACUAUGAAAGUUCUCGAAGAGAAAACUAAGGAAUUCCACCUGAUCAACGAUUCACAUAUUCCUACUCAGUUCGUCGCGUCAUUGACAAACAAAGAUUCAUCAUGGAGCGUCAGUCCAGUGUCUGGCGACCUCGAACCCCAUGAAUCGAAGACCAUCACUGUCAAACUGUGUCUUCUAGACGUUGGGAAAUACAAAAAUAGUGUCAUGGUGUCUAUAAUCAACAGUAGAGAUAUUCUUGUGGAGUUGGAAGUAACCGGAUAUGGAUGCAGUGUCCUUUUCGAACCACAGAUAUUUCCAACUUUCGAUUGGGGUCUACUUUUUAGCCAUCAACAAAUAGAUCGAACGAUAACUCUGACGAAUGGAGGAUCUCGUGACUAUCAAGUGAUCUGGACAACCCAACCAGAAGUACGAUUUCGACGUGGCCAGAUGUUAAUGCCGCACACCACCAAGUUCCAUCUGCAGCCUCUGAUCAUCAAUAUUCCACCCGGGGAAACCAGAUACGUCUAUUGCAAAUUGUUCUGGAAAUUGAACGAGUGCGUCGUGGAAAAAUGGUACGUUUUCGGUCAGAUACAAGGUGUAGGAAAACGGGAAUUGAUCGGUACGUCGUCUUUCACCGUCACUUUGACAGAACCGCAGAUUCUGUUCAGCAAAAGAAGGCUAACGUUUCGCGUGGACGUGUGUGCCGACGAAGAUAAAUUGCAACAAACAGACGAAUUACUGGUGACUAAUCAAUCGAAGCUGGAUCUUAACGUUCAACUGUCAGUGAAACAACCAUUUCACUUGGUAACCGCUGCUGAAGAACAUGUGCAAAGUAUGCAAAUUGUCCUGAUUGACGGGGCUACCACGAAAAUUCGCGUUUUCUUUUUCUUCGAUAGCAAUGUUCAAGAUCGUUACUCAAGAAAUUAUUCUGGUGUACUUCGACUCGAAUAUCAGGAACAUCCUAAUCAGGAUAAAAUCGCGUGCAAGGGCUACGUGAAUUUUCCAAACCUCAUCAUAGAGCCUGGGGAUUUUGUAAUUAACUGUGAGCUGGGUUCAAGCGCAGAGAAAAUAUUAACGCUAACCAAUAACGGUCCUGUAUCGGUUGUGUAUAAAUUCCUGUGGCUCGCAGAUUCCAUUGAGAUACAACGUGAUACGGACAUCGGCCCCGAGUGCCGUGGAUGUUCACCACGGAAAGAAAAAUUAGAGGAAGAUGUACCCGAGAUUCACGAGGUUGCUGUCUCGAAUGAGACAGACGAAGAAAUUUACCCAAGUGACAGACAAGAGGACGGAAGCGGAGACGGACCAUUAAACACGAUACCACCUCCUACAAAUUCUCCUAUUUCAGAGAAUCAGAACGUGGAAACUCCUGUCACAGAGCAAAGUUCUGAAAUGAAUGAUUGCUUGAUAUCUCGAGAAGAAUUAAGAGAAUUCUUAAUGCCGAUUGUUGGACCGUAUUUUAAGAAAGAUGAAGAUCUAAUCGUGUUAGAGAGCAUGCACACCGAUCCACCAAAGGGUCAUUAUAUUAACGAGGUUCUGAAGAUCGUUCCAAACGAGGGAACGGUUCUUCCGUAUUCUGUGCAACGUGUGCACGUAGGAUUUCAUGGUUUCGAACGGCUUCGAAUAAAAGCCACCGUUGUCUGCGAGAUAUCCCGUGGACCCAUCGAACGGAUUCAUCUGCUAGCUCGCGCAGACGCCAUUCGAUACGCGUUUGACACGAAUGUUAUCGAUUUUGGUCAACAGUUGUUCCUGGAAUAUUCUCGUAAGACCUUCGUCUUGAAGAACCUCUGCACGAUAGCAUUUGAUUACGAAAUAAAAGCCACGGAGAUAGUUUCCAACGAGGCGAUCGAACGAUUCGAUAUAUGUCCAUUGAUAAUUCAACCGAGUAAAGGCUUUGUAGAUGCUGAAUCGGUCGUGGAAUUUUACGCGAAUCAUUUGGCAACGAAGCUUGGUCCUAUCAGUCAUCGAUUUCAACUAGAGAUUGGUCAUUUGAUGCCCGUCGUAAUCGAAGUAACUGCUUACGGCGCCUUUCCUCAAGUUUAUCCGUGCGUCCCUCGAGAACAGUUGCAUCAAUAUCAUUCCAUCGAAUUAGAAUAUUCCGCUGUCCAGUCAUUGACCGAGGACUUCAUGCAGAACGUAAGCCGAAUCGACGGUUUCUCGACCUUACUUGCCGAAACGAGUCAUUGUGUGCCACAGAAAAUGGAGAACGUCGUUGCCGAGAAAAUAGCCGAUUAUCUCGAAACGGACACGGAGAUGUCAAUUGCCGGGGAAUGGUGCAUUAUUCCGUGCGACGAGACGUUUCCACGAACGAUGGACAUCGACAUGGCGGUGGAAAGGUGGUUGGCAAGGAAGUUCGUCGAUGCAAAUUCAUACAUUUUAAUGCAGCAUGCAACCACUCGCAAGAACGAGCCAAUUCCUCAACUUUUUUCAUUCGAGCACGUUAUUGAUAUGAAAUAUCUGGUCGUCGAACAGACGACUCACUACACGACCAAGGUAAUUAAUUACGGGCCGUGGGUCGCGGAAGUGAGAAUCAGAAUGGGAAAGAAGAAGAACCAUCCGGAGAGAUCAGGAAUCACAGUACAUUUCAAGAAACACUCGAAGCUAUUGGUCGGCGAUUCUGCUAUCCUCCAUGUGACUUGGCAUCCUACACGAGAAAGAUUCUCGGAAAGAAGCGUGGAAGUGAAACACACGAUUUACAUAGAGGUAUCGUACGGGUGUACGAUCCCCGUGACUAUAAAGGGAACAGUGACUUAUCCGUACCUCACCGUCAAUACUAAGUUUUUGGACUUUCAGGACGUUGUCGUGGGUGAAUGUUUGGUUCUUCACAUUUUGGUUAAGAACGAGGGAUUAGUCGAUUGCGAGUGGGAGGCGAGAUUGUCGGACGCUCAUCGUAAGAAGCACCAAGAAGAUUAUUCAUUUUACGUGGAGUACGACACAAAUCACUGCCCGCCUGGCCAUUUCGAAGUCGUUCGCGUAUAUUUCAAGCCUCGAAGAACGUGCUAUACAGAGGCGAAGUUGAAGAUAAUUGUGAAAAUGAGCCUUGAAAUGCAGAUUGUCGCAUUAAUUGGGCAUGGAAUCGAGAAAAGUUUGAACAUAAUAAAACCGACUAUUCAGUUUCUACCUACUGUUCCGUUUACGGACAUUCAAGAAACAGUUUUUACGAUUGAAAACACUUGCAAUUACCCAGUGGAGUUUUUCUGGCAUCAUUUGGACGAUGACUUUCAGACGGAGUAUCGUAUAACGAAAGCUUUGUUGCAUUACUACAAAGUGAAGGAAAUACUGUUGCCGCCCAGGAAGCUUGGUGAACCGAUACCCUGGCAAUUGACGAAAUUUUACAAAGAUAUAGUCAACGAAAUGGCUCAGACAUUAAUUAUGGAGAAAUUAAAGAAUGAAGAGGUAUUGGGGGAAGAAGUGGAGCCUGAGAGUAAGAAUUACGAAGGAGACACCAGCAAUAAGAGGGAGAGAAAGGUGGGGUCGAGCGUAUUGAAGAGAAAAACGAAAAAACGUGGAAGAUCUGUUCAACAAUCUACGAAAAGCAGCGUUCAUGGAAGAAGAAAUGAAAUUGUCAGUGACUUGUUUAGCACAGAUUCGGACAGAAAAGAUUUCUCGGACUUUUCACUGUUGGGGGAAACCAUGGUGGAAUCUGCCCCUCUACCCACGAGUGAUCCUGAAGAAAUCCAACGUUUGCUUUUUUGUGAAUAUUUUGUUGGAAUUGUCAUAAUUAGAUUGCGAAUUUUUAUGCAUCUGUGGAAAAUUAUAUGGAUCUCAGAGUAUCAAGAAGCUGCGUGCAGAGGCGCCAGGGUCUUAGAAAUUCCAGUCCUUAGCAUAGACAAAGCGAUCGCGGAAGUUAUAGCGUUCGCCGGAAGUUCGUGUUCGAGUCAACUUCGACAGAUCAUCGACGAUGUUUACGAGAGUUACUGGAAGGCUUUCGUAAAACAAAGGCAAGAUUCAACAUAUUUUAAAAAAUCGAUGUUCUUUAUGAAAAAGCAACGUAGUCGAGCUGGUGAAAGCAACGAGAUCGGAUCGCAAUCGACUAGAAGAACAGUGAAUUCGAACAAAGGAGGAAGGUCCCCAAAAGAAAAAUCGGGGACGGAAUCGUCCAAAACUCCGAGGAGAUUGAAGACGCCAAAAUUUGCUAAAAUAGAAACUUCCGACUCUCAGAAAGAAGUGAUCCUUCGGCUUCAUGCAGAUCCCGAUCCAGUUGCCGAGCUUGACAAAAUUCCAGCCGGUGAGAAACUAGAGGUCUUGGAUCCUUUGAGCAGAUACGAGUACAAGAUUCAAGCAAUUUUAUUACUGGAGAAAGUAGUUGAUCACCGUGAAAUCCAGGAACCGUCUAGAGAUAAAGAGGACAGAGGCGCAAAAAAGAAACAAGAUGCUUCGUUUGCUGGGAUUACUUCUGAAUUAAUAUUCCAAGCUCUCGAAGAAAGAUUAUCCAUGGAUGAUUUCAAGCGAGGUUUCGUUGUACAAAGCUUGGAGAGCAAUUUCCUGCGAAACAACACGUCCGAAGCUUUGCUUUUCCUAUUACGGAUCGUCGGCAAUAUCGAGUAUUUUCUAUUCGUUACUUUUCUUAACUCGAUGGCUCGCUAUAACGCCAAAGUGGAGCAGCUCCGAAAUGAAAUAGCGGUGAAAGCAACCGAUCCCACUCAGAAGAUCCAGGACAUCGACGAAAUGUCGUCGUCCGAAUACGAUCAACUUCCCGACGAGGAUAAGAAGAUAUAUCUGAACGCGAUUCUACCACGUAAAAGGGAGGAGGCAUCGCGUAGACGAGCUCGAUUUAUCGAAAGAAUGAUGGAACGUACAAAGAAAAAGGAGAACCGGAGCAAUGUCGUUUCGAGCUCGAAGACAAUCAAGAGGAAGCGGGACGUAAAGUCGGCGAAGCACGCGACUGCGACUAGUAACUCGCGGCCAGCUUCUAACAAACUGGGAACAAGCAAAGCAACGAAAAGUAGAGACAGCUCGAAACGAGGAAAGGAACCUGUGCCGAGCGAGGUUAAAGAAAUUAUGACGGCUAUGGAUCAGUAUUACGCAGAACUAUCGUCGAUUGAGAUGAUUAUUUAUAAUUGGGAUCCUAUAAAAAUGACGAUGGAAACCCCUCAUACAAUAAAGUCAAGGGUGAUAAAAAGCGAUAAAUCCAGAGAUCUGAGUCCUUUGGACGUUCAAAAGGUAUACGUUUAUCAAUUGACUUCCUUGGCACCGAUAUCGGAAGUGUUCUCGAUCAACGAAUCGAUGCCAGUGAGCGAAGUCAGCGUGCAAGAGAGUCACAGCGUCGCUAAAAGGAAUCGUGGACGACGCGGGCAUAAAUCAACGAGCAAGAUAGAAGAGAAUCGUUCUCUGAACGCGUUGACAAUAGAGAGUACAGACACGAACACCACUUCCCUUCUGGAAACGAUCGUGGAAGAGCCCGUAAAGCCACGAUGGAUUUUGCUACCGAGCGAAUGUCAGGGGUUUAAGAUCCGUUUUCGACCGGAAGAGACGGGUCACUACGAAGAAACGUUCGCGUUGACGCUCGUGGACGGAAAUUGCGUUACCCACGAAGUGAAUGUUAUCGGUAUCGCGGAUAUACCGAGGCUGGAUAUGAAUCCCAAAACGAUUUUUCCAAAAAGAAAAUUGAACGUGACAGACAGCUCCAUGUAUAUUUACGAUAAAGAAUUAUACGACUUCGGAUCUCAGCUGGUUCUCCAUAAAGACAGAAGGCCGCAUCGUCGAGAGGCUCGGCUGAAGUUUUGCAACAUUUCCGAGGUGGAGGCGGACGUUCGCAUCUCGUUGACGGAUAACGGUUCCGAGUGUUUCUUCGUUCAACCCCAGCAGUUGCUUAUCGCCCGAGGCAACUGCGCGACUGUGACUCUGUCGGCCAUCGCCACCAGACUGGGGACCAUCGCUGGGAAGUUGCUCCUGUGCGUGAAGAACAAUCCGAGAGUCGAAGUGAUCGAGUUGCAAAGCAAAGGCACUGAACUGGACAUCGAGCUAGAUGAAAAAGAAUUGUUCUUCGGUCGCACGCUCCUUCACCGAAUGGAACAUCGAACACUGACGGUCAGAAACAAAACUCCAGUCCCGUUUUUCUGGCACCUGGAGGCUGAAGAACCUGCUGAUCCUCAAAUAACGUUUGCACCUUCAUGUGGAAUGAUAGAAACCCUCAGUGAACAAAAGAUCGAGUUUUGUUAUCACGCUACCACGAUCGGCAUGAUCCAACGGAAGGCGAUAAUCUUCAAGGCAUUCUUGGACGAAGACGACGACGAUCCCAUUUUCUCCGAUGUCGUGUUACUAUCUGGAGAAACUUAUGACGUUGCAGUGGAUAUCAACUAUGCGAAUCCCAUUGAUUUGAAACAUAUAAGAGCGGAUUUCCCAGCGAAAGCGAUAUUCUCCAUGAGAAAUCGUGGUGACUACGAGGUGAAAUACAUAAUCACGUUGGAUGACAAUGAGAAAUUGGCGAAAUUAAACUUGCCUGUUAAUUUCAAAAAGAAGCUUGAAAUUCAACCAACUAGUGGAACAAUUUUACCAAAUGAAGAGAAAAAUGUAGAAAUAAUAUUCAAGCCAAAGACUGAAUUAACGCUCAAGGAAGCCCCGAUAUUGAAAUGCCAUUUGAUUGACACGCACAAGGAAACUAGGAUAAUCGCUGAAAUUCCUCUCAAAGUUUCUGUCGACGCAUAUUACGCUAGAUUUCGUAUUAACCCGUAUCCUGUGGUAAACUUCGGUACAUUAGCCAUAUGUAGCGAGAAAACGAUGUACCUCAAUAUUGAAAAUAUCGGAAGAUUCCCCUUACGUUAUUUCGUUCAACUGAUAUACCAACACCCGUCUGUCAUUUACAUGACCAAAAUGUUGCAGGAUGAUUUUGGGGAAAAGAUGGAUCUCGCAGAAAAGAGACAGAAGCCGAAAAAGGGGAAAAAAUCUUCUAGAAACGAGACUAAGUACUUGUUAUUGUUCUUCUUCUGUCUCUACAAUUUUACUAGGAUUUAUUGUCAUAAAUCAUUAAAUAAGGGAGACGAACAAAUAAAUAAGAUCGUCUCGGAACCAGGAAAAUUAGUAGUAGGAUCAAUGACGAUAAUGAAACUGGAAGGCGCUGUGAAUGUUGGUCAAACGGAUAGCAUCGCCAUCACUUGCUACCCCGAAUUCGUCGGUUCCGAAGAGGAUCAGAUCCUCGUUGUGGUGCAAGACAGCACGCCCGAAGACAGAGAAGGAAAAAUAGUCACGUUAUCUGUGAACUCGUCUAUGCCCACUAUCGAUUUUCACGAUCUCGACUCGAUGUUUCAAGAAAAUCACGUAGUCGAUAGAAUUCAAGAGUUCGAGUGUCCCAAAGAUAUCGGAUCGCACACGGUGUUCGCUCGUGAAGAAAAAUGCCUUUAUUUCCGGUAUGUCAACGUGUUGAGCACCCACGUAACCUGCUUCAAAUUGCACAACCGCGGCGUAGUGGCUGCAAACGUAGAAGUUCACUUGAUAGAAGAGACUCUGACGCCGAACACAACGAAGUCCAACACCUUUAUCGUAGAACCACCAGACGAACAAAUCCCUCCCAUGAGUUACAAAGUCUUCGCCGUGUCUUUCACGCCGCACGUCAUACAGACGUUUCAAGGAACGUUGCGAGCCGCCGUGGUUCUGCCCCCGCAUCUCGAGGCUGACCAACUAUUCAUCAAACUGAUAGGGGAAUCUUGCAUGCCGGAAGUGGCGAUUACAGAGCCGGUACACGGGGCACGUGAGAGACCUAGUUUGAACUUCGCUCGUACAUUGAUCGACGAGAGCAGUUGCAGAUAUUUUGCUAUAGAAAACGUCGGAUUCAUUAAGACGAAAGUCAUCGUGGAGAUCGACGAGGAUCCGAAUAAUGUAUUUCUCCUCUCCGUUUGCUUGGACGCGCAACAUUUACUGCAAGUCUUGGAGGAGUACUGCAACAAACUACACGAUCGAUGUACCGUAGUUCGUUUAGCGCCUGGAAAUGUGGCUCGUUUCAAAGUAAUUUUCACCCCGAUUGAAGUCGGGAAAUAUUGUGGAAAAAUUCGUUUGCACGUGGUCGACAAUCCGUAUGAGAAUAUGUUGAUUAAUUUGGAAGGCGAGUGUUACAUCGAAACGGUCAUUUUGGAGGGUUUACAGUUCGAGGAGAGCAAAGAAAAAGCAGCGACCAGAAAUCAUAAGAACCGGAAAGUCUCGUCCAAGCAGAAUUCUCUCGUUUCAGCUUCGAGCAUCUCGAUGCUCCCAGCGUCUCUGACCUACAUUCUCGACUACGGGCUUUGUUUCGUUAGCAAAAUGUACAAAAAGGCGUUUAAGAUUGUCAAUAAAUCUACGGAUCGGUCGUUCCGCUUCCGAUGGAGUGAACAUCCCUGUGUUGUGUUCGAGCCAUCUGUUGGACACAUCAAGCAUCUCACGUCCAAAGAAAUCGUUGCUACCUUCCUGGCACCGGAACCCACGAAUCAAGAGAACGUUCGCAUCGAAUGUUCGAUGUACGAAAUUCUGAUAGAAUAUUCAGAGACUCAGACUGGUUGGGACGACAGGCAAGUUGAAAUACGUUGGGAGAAAGUACACCAUGAACUAAUGGGUCCAUUAAGCGACGUGGAAUUUUUAUUGAAGAAAAUCGUAGAGCCAACUAUAGAACCGAAGCACGAAGUUGUGCUUGGAACAAGCAAAUCAAUCCAUCUCUUAUUAAACGCCGUUGUCGCAUUUUCGGAAUGCUUGUGCACCGUCGAGAAUGUUUGUUUUAAAGACACCUUGAUGUUUCAGACCAGGGAGUUCACAUUCUCUAUAUCGAAUCCAGGGGUCGUAGAUAUGAUAUUCGCCUGGAAGAUAAAUAUGGACGAACAGUAUCCAAAGAGGCACCUAGGAGACGGUUCGAACGUGCUUUCCAAAUCGAGAACAGCGGAGGAAACCCGUACACGGAAUUCUAAAUCGUCUCGAGGAAUCUUUUCCGCAACAAGGGAACUCAGUCGGAAGGACAUCGAACAGGAUGAAUACAGCACAGGGGACAGCACGAAUUUUUCGUCGCAGCAAUGCUCGUCAUUCGUUUCUAGUAAUUUCUUUGCCUUAGUUUUCAUGGCACAACCAGGAAGGGAUUCUACCUGCAGAAGAAUAAGACGAAAAAAUAUAGAAUAUAGCGCAGACAUGAAAACUCCUUUAAGCACGAGACCGUCGGAUCUUUUCAGCAGUACCGCAGGACUGUCGGGAAGAACCACGGAUAGCUGGUUGGAAGGAGAUGAUCUGCCUUUCGUAAUUCAUCCUGAUACAGGAAAGAUACCACCCGGACAAUCCAUGGAAUGUACAUUAAAAUUUUCACCCAAGGAUGUAUUUUAUUACAAGGCAUACCUCACGUGCAAGAUAGAAAAUCUUGAGCCGAAUCAACCGACUUUGAUGAUUCCCAUCGUGGCAAGAAGUUUAUUGCCUUAUUGUCAUUUCGACGUGAAGGAAAGCGACUACGUAACCGGCGAGAGGCGAGAUCCAUCACGACCAGGACCCAUAGGAUACGAAACAGACGAUUCCACUAUAUGGCAGAACAUCAGGGUAAUCGAAUUUAAAGUGGUUGGCGUUGGCGGCACUCAUGUGAAGAAAUUCCACCUAAUCAACCCCACCGCGGACGAUUACUAUUUUUCAUGGACGAAUCGAUCACCUCGCAAAGUAGAGGAGAUAUCGAAGUUUCAUUGUAUGGUGACCGAGGGCGUCGCUGAACGUGGAAAACGUACCGACCUGGCUUUCACGUUUUUGGCAGAGGACGUCGGCGUCUUCGAAUCCUUCUGGCUCUUCUCCAUCGACAGAUACAAUCUGGAGUGCCUUUUUCUGGUCGUCGGCACCGUAACCGAACCGUCGGUGCACUGCCUCGCCGUUCACAUGAAACUCAAGCCAACAAUCUUGGGAUUUAAUGUGAGAGAUUCGACGAGAUUGUUGAACAACGAGGAUUUUCAUAUACCGUUCAACGUGUUGGAGAAGUCUCUCUAUUCCGAGGGUAGAUUUCAAAAGCUCAGCGUGACUCCGAUGAGUGGGACUCUUCUCUCGAAAAGCGACCAACAUCUCUGGGUCGAGUAUCAUCCAACCCGGAUCGGUGAGUUCCACUUUUCCAUUCAGUGCGCUGUAAAACUGAUGAAAAGUCCCCUUACCAUCUUCGUGACCGCCUCCGUUUACGAUAUCGUAUGCUCGGUUUCUUAUUACAAACCCAACGGCGAAACCAUCCAAGCUUCCAAGAGUAAGGAGAAUAUCAUCAACUUGGACAAGAUAAUGCCCGAAAUAGCGAUUACCCUCAAGUUUGACAUAACGAAUGCCUGUAAGGUAGCAUUCUAUUAUACUUGGGACCUCGGUAUGACGCCAGAAAUUUCGUGCAGAAAUGCGUACAACGUAACGAUGUCUCAGAAGCAAGGUUAUGUGACCAGCGAUGAUCGAUCCACCUGUUUCCUGACCCUGACAACAUAUCAAAAAGUUACGAUAAAGGAUCAUUGCGUUCUUCUACAGGUUUCCAAUGGUCCCACUUACAAAUUUAUACUAAAAGCUUUCUCUAAAAGGCCUGCGAUCGAAUUCAGCUUCAAUCGUUACGAUUUUGGACCUUGCUAUAUCCAAGAACGCAAUACAAACUCCUAUUUUACGGAGCUUUGUGUAACAAACUCUGACGAUGCGCCUUUUAUAAUUGAAUGUAAGUUCGAAGAACAACCGCACCUCUCCGUCGAUCUGAAUCGGAUCUCGGAAGCACUGGCGGCCCAUUCUACGGUCGCUAUACCGAUCGUUUUUCGUCCGUUGAAGGAAACCAAGUACCACGAAUGUUUGGUGUUCACAAUCAACUCGACGAGCGAGAAGAAGAUAACGAUUACUGGCGAGGGAAUCAGCUAUAAAGUUUGUCUGGUGAAUCCUCGCGACAAAUCGAUAGAUCUCGGCAGCGUUCCCGCUUUCAAAAGCGUCGUGAAGAAGGUCCCGGUAAUAAAUGAAGGUUCGGCGCCGCUCGAGCUGAAAUUCGGUCUGAUGAAGUUUCUCAGAGGUUAUGACGAGUAUCGCGAAAGUCGAGGAUACUGCGACUCGAAGAUGGAAGGCGCGAGCGAAUUGGUUCGAGCAUCCAUUAUGGAGACCAAGCGAUCCUGGACCCUGGAUGUGAAGCUUCAGACUGUAGAACCGAAGCUUUCAGACGUUCUGAACAUCGAGCCGUCGUCGAACAUCGUUUUGAAACCAAAUAAGAGAGUUAACGUGCUGAUCACUUUUAAAUCUUCAUUGAGAAUAAGACCAUUCAUGGCCAAAGUGGCUUUUCAAUCGUCUUCCACGAUUCUCCCAUUGUUCUUGGUGCGUGGAAGUUGCGUAGGAGCGGAGUUCCGCUUGGACAGGAACCAUAUCUCCUUUGGUACCGUAAUUCAGGGUUGUGCAGCGGAAUCUAAGCUCGUAUUAAUGAACACUGGAGAUUUGGGCUCGAGGUUCAAGUGGAACGUGUCGAAAUUACCGAAAGAUUUCCAAAUCAAUCCUAUGUCUGGCUACUGCUCGGCCGGCAUGGAUGUGAAUUUCAUAGUGAAGUUCCAACCCUCUGAGCAGCGGUGCUUAAUUGAGGGUGAGGGGAUAAUAGAAAUUGAGAAGUACGAAUCUUUAAGUGUCAAAAUUAGCGGAGCGUGCGGAAAACUUCCUGACCCGAUCGGAACUAUCAUGUUCGAAUGUUUGGUACGGGAAAAGCAAACUCGAUCAAUGGUUAUAGUGAACGACUCUAAUCUUCCUUGGAAGCUGAAUGUUGAAGUAACUGGAGAUUAUUUUUCCGUCGACGAAAUAUUGCUGAUUCCUGCGCAACAGUCUGCUCCUUGCGUUGUUACAUAUUCGCCUCUUGUUAUGAACUCUGGAAACACUCCGCACAUGGGAACACUGGUGCUAAAAUCCGUGAACGAAAAUCUGUACAUGGUAUAUUCACUUCGUGGCAGAAGCUUACCACCGCUAGUUACAUCGAAAAUUAGCCGUCGAUUCCCCGCGAAAACAAAGUAUACCGAACUUAUGCCUGUUUACAAUUGGUUAAACAUCCAACAACGAUUCGAUUGUAAGAUCGAAUUGACAACGAACGAUAACACGCAAUCGCAGGUUCCAUUGUACAGCUUCGUAGGUAAUGAAAAAAUUGAUGUCCCGGCAAAAGGUCAGCGAGAUUACCGAGCGGUGUUCUAUUGCUACGAGAAGUGGAAUUUUAGUUUCAAAGUAACGUUCACUAACAACGAGAACGAAUAUCAAUUCUACGACAUAGAGUACGAAGUAACAGAGCCGGAAGUGAUUGAAUCGAUCCCGCUGGUAACCUCAGCCCGAUCUCAGAUUUGUCACGCUUUGAAAUUGGAGAAUCCUCUCGAACAUGAAACGAUCAAAUUUACAGCGGAGUGUCUUCAUCCAUUUAUCACUGUAAUCCAAAUGCCAAAGUUCGUGCAACCAUUAUCACACGAGUAUAUUUCUAUAAUAUAUCAUCCAAUAUUGCCAUUCGUUACUGACAUGGCCAUGCUAAAUAUCGAUGGUCAAAAGUUGGGCCGAUUCCCGUACGAAUUGCGAUUGAAAGCCAAUCCUGCUCCUCCAGAGAAGACCACGCGUGUUAAUGCGAGUUUAGGAAGCAAUUACGCGUUCUCGCUUCUCGUGAAAAACUUUACCCAAGAAAAUACCAAAUUUCUGAUACACGUAGAUAGUGAGUGUUUCGCAUAUUCGAAAUUCAUUCAUGUGAAUAAAUUAGAAAACGGUGUAAUCGACGUAAUUUAUGAGCCGCUCGACGUUGAAAAUGUCACUGCCACGUUGAUAGCAUCCUCGGACACUGCUGGAGAAUUUGUCUUUCCUUUGAUCGGUUCUUGCUCUUUACCGAAACCUAUGGGUCCUUACAUGGUCACUCGAAGCUCCUCAGCUUUAAUACCCUUUAAAAAUGUAUUCAGUGAGGCAAAGGUCUUUGAUUUUAUCGUCGACGUUCCUGACAUUUUUAUACUGAAUACAGCAUCAAUUAUUUUAGAAUCAAAACAGAGUAUCGACAUUAAAGUGGAUAUACAAGAUGAGCAAGAAGGAGAACACACUGAAAAAGAGAAAUAUCCUGUUACUGGAAAAUUAACAGUGUACUGUACUGACCAUGCUUUUUCUUAUAUAAAUUGGGUGUAUUAUUUGAGAGGAAUUUUCGAAUGAAAUAUAAAUAAAUAUAAACUUAUACUUCAGCUAUGUUUAAAUU